CGCAAGCGUCACAGUUUUUAGAUUCAAUUCAAGAACGCGCAAGACUUGGAGUAAUCUUCUCUCUGACCUGGUAAAACCAUAACCCUAUUUUUCUGAAUUUGAAGGAAAAGAAGGAUAAUAUAUGGGUUCUGAAGAUAGCUGGAACAAGAUGGACGAUGGCACUAGUUUUCAACCAUCGGAGCCGGCUCCAUGCGCCAACGGCUGUGGCUUCUUCGGUAACGCAGCGACUAUGAACCUCUGCUCCAAGUGUUUCAGAGACUUCCGCGCCAAGGAAGAGCAGGCGGCUUCGGCUAUAGUAGCCAUGGACAAACUGGUGAAUAAUCAGAAUCAGACGGUCUUUUCGGGAGAGGUCCGUGUGGGGCCAUCUUCGUCGACCGAAUCAUCAUCAUCAGCACUGUUGGUUGUGCCGACUGUUGGCAUUGAUCACCAGACGGAGGCCCCGAAGGUGCCGUCGAACAGGUGCUGGAGUUGCAGGAAGAAGGUAGGGGUGUUGGGGUUCGCGUGCAAGUGCGGGAGCACGUUCUGUGGGACCCACAGGUACCCAGAAAAGCACGAAUGCCCCUUCGAUUACAAGGGUGCGGGACGAGACGCCAUUGCACAGGCUAAUCCGGUGGUGAAGGCUGAUAAGGUGCAAAGGAUCUGAAUUCUAAACCAAAUCGAAACCAACCGGUUUAGAUUUGAAUUGUUUUUACCCUUUCUUUUUCUUUCUGUCUUGUGGCCGGGAUAUUAUUAAUUUGGUUGGGGUUGGUUGAGAAAGAAUUGAAGUGGAACCGCCAUUAAUUGUUUGGUAGGUGUCAUUGUUUCAAGUAAAAUUCCAUGUUCAAAAAAAUUGGAUCAACUCAAUGAAUGAAUUUUUUUAUUUA